AUGCCAGUAUCCUGUGCUGCUUCGGGAUGCAAAUCAAGGUAUACGCUUGAGGCUAGAGAAAAAGGAAUUACAUUUCACAGAUUUCCUAGAUCAAAUCCUGCCCUCCUGGAUAAAUGGUGUCGUGCUAUGAAAAGAGCCACGAGUACAGGAGAGUUAUGGAUGCCAUCCAGGUACCAGAGGCUUUGCAGCUUGCACUUCCAACAAAGCUGCUUUGACACUACUGGGCAGACAAAGAGAUUACGAGAUGAUGUCAUACCCAGCAUCUUUAAUUUUCCAGAAGACUCACAGAUGAAAAUAUUUCUCCAGAAGCCAGAAAUGAUUGAAAACCAAGUAAUGGAUGUGAUCGAACUCCCCAGCAAGGAUAUUUUGAGAAUUUCUGAAACUCCCAAUGAAGAGCUAGAAGAGAAUAUGACACUUGGCACAAAUAUAGAUACUACAAGUAACUGUCAGGAUCACCCAUAUUUCAUUCCAGAUAUUGAAACCUUAAAAAAGAAACUGCAAGUAUCUGAAGAUUCCAGAGCCCAGAAAGAGAAAGAGCUAAGAAAUGCAAAAGAUCGAGAGAAGAGGCUUCGUCAGACCUGUCGUAGCAUAUACCAGGAGCUUAGGAAGAGGAAGUUAUUGUGUGUUCAACUCCAGGAGGUUCUUCAACCC